AUGAUUACUUGGUUGGUGUUUUAUCUAAUGCUAACAAUCCCCAUGAUAAAUGGAUCGGAUUUAUCUUUAAGACUUCAAUCUAAAUUCAUGCCUACUUCAUUUUCACCUCGUAAUAUAUUUGAUACACAUGGUCCAGCCACAAUAAAUAGUAACAAAGAAGAUAGUAGUAGUUCUAGUGGUGGUGGUGGCGGCAGUGGAUUACCACCUUCUCCAAUGCAGUUUCCUCCCAAAUUACCAUUUCCUAAAUGGUUAAGUGACUUUACUGGAUUACAUGAAUGGCCAGAUUUAGAUCCACCUUAUAUCCCAUUAGAUUUUAUUGAUUUUAAUAAAAUUGUCAAUAUCCCCAUUCAUAAACAAGGUCAAUGUCAUGAUACUGGUAGCAACAACAACAACAACCUAACACCAUUAUCGAUUUUACGUACCCCUAAAGCAUGUUCAUUUGAUUGUUUUAAUUGUGUUGAAAUUGAUGAUGUUUAUACAUGUCCUAAAUUACUGCAAACAUUUGAUGAUGGACCAUCAACAUCAACAUUAAAAUUAUUACAAUCAUUUAAUCAAACUGGAUUAAAAACUACAUUAUUCACCUUAGGAGUAAAUAUUGUGCGAUUCCCAGAAAUUUAUCAACAAUCUCAUUUUAUGGGUCAUAUUAUGGGAUCACAUACUUGGCUGCAUAAAUUUUUACCAAGUCUAACUAAUCAAGAAAUCAUUAGUCAAAUAGAAUGGUCAAUUUGGGCCAUGAAUGCUACUCUGAAUCAUUUACCAAAAUGGUUUCGACCACCUUAUGGAGGUAUUGAUAAUCGAAUAAGAAGUAUAUUACGACAAUUUGGUAUGCAAGCUGUAUUAUGGGAUUUUGAUACUUUUGAUUGGAAAAUGCUUGGUGGUGGUGGUGGUGCGACAAGCAAUAUUCGUAAAGAGGAAGAUGUUUUCUCUGAAGUUGAAAAAUUUAAAUUGACGAAAAAUAAUAAAGGAUUAAUAUUACAUCAUGAUGCCAUACAAAAAACUGUUGAUGUGGGGAUUAUGAUUCAUGAAAAAUUAUUAAAUCAUGAUCAAUUGACAGUACCUUUAUGUGUUGGUGGUAUUGAUUAUAUUAAAACUUUCCCCAAAUAA